AUUGACUUGUUGGAUCCUCUGAAAGGGAAGGAAAGUGACAGCCUGACCCAGGAGAGCACAAGCUGAUCAGCGACCUGGGGGAAGCUGUGUGCAGUAAUGGAGGUCGGCUGUGUGGUUCGUGCAAUCUUUGAUUUUUGCCCUAGUGUACCGGAGGAGCUUACUCUGUUUGCUGGUGAUGUUAUUGAAAUUUUGAGUGUGAUAGAUGAGUUCUGGCUUCUUGGGAAUAAAGAAGGCAUAACAGGACAGUUUCCAUCUAGCUUCGUGGAACCAUUGACAAUCCCCAGUUUGAAGCAUGGUGAGAAGCUGUAUGUGUGCAUCAGUGAGUUCACAUCCCAUGAACCAGGAUCCCUCUGUCUUCAACGAGGAGAUCUAGUGGUGCUGGCGGGGUCUCUGUCAUCCAGUUGGCAGCAGGGAAGGAAUUGUUGGGGGUCAAGAGGAUUUUUUCCAAUAUCAUGUAUCCAAGAGUUUUUCCUAUCAUCUAAGGGUCGUGAACUUUGUCAUAGCUUGACUUUGGAGUUGCCGAGUCAUGCCAUUGGUCAAGCAAGAGCUAUUAUGGGUCUUUCUGCACAGCUGGAAGAAGAGUUAGAUUUUCGAGAAGGGGAUAUUAUUAUCAUAACUGGAGUUCCAGAACCUGGUUGGUUUGAGGGGGAACUGAAUGACAGAAGAGGAAUUUUUCCUGAAGGCUUUGUUGAACUUUUGAACCCUCUGAGAGUUGCUGAUAGUGUUACUCUUUCUGGCCAUGGUGAGGACAAUUACAAUAUAAAUACAAUUACAGAAAUAUCCCAGUUUCCUAAAGAAAUAAAAGAGGACAAUAAAACUGCAAGAGAUGGGGAAACUCAUGAAGGGGUCUUUGCCAUUGCUCUGUACAAGUUUGCAGCUUUGGAGCAGAGGGAGCUUGAUUUUGAUGUGGGAGACAGGAUUAAGAUAAUUGGUACAUUAGAAGAUGGAUGGUUAGAAGGAGAAUUAUACGGAAACCGUGGUAUUUUCCCUCACAGAUUUGUAAAAUUGGAGACUGUAGAAAAAACACAUUGUAAGGAACUACCUACAGAAAACCAGAGCAGGCAUACUGACCCUCCUCUCAUGGAUUAUCUCGAUGUCUCCUCAUCACAUAUACAAAGUGAAACAGAUCCACAUUAUUGGGAUGUCCACAUAGAAGAUAAUUCUUUGUUGACAACUGACGGCCCACAAGAACAGCCAGAAAAUUCAGUGCAGCACAUAAAAAGCAAAGAAAUACCAGUUAAUCACUAUGAAAUGAUAAACACCUCUUCAAAACCCCAGCUACCUCCCCGUCCACAAAGCAAUGUCUAUAGUCCUCCAACUGUGCAGACAUAUGUGGAAAAACCUAAGGAAGUCCAGCAUGAUCGUAGAGAGAGAACCCACUUAUUUAAUGGUGCACAGGAUAAAUGGUCUUCAAAGAAGGCUUACUCUUUUUCAGCUUCAGAUGGAAAUGCUCAGGCUGAAAACAGUUUAACCAAAAGGUUAAAAAGUAAAACGAACAGGAAAAAUAGUCUUCCCUUUCAGGAUAUUAUGCACUGGGUAGAUGAUCAGUGCCACAAGUCAAAUGUUUGUUCUUCUAGCUCCAGGGAAAAAAAUGAAAAUACCAAAACUUUAUCAGGCUUGUUGACAUCUGGACGAGAAAGCCCAGCCAAUGACCUGUAUGGUGGAACUGAAUUAUUUGAUUUAGAUUCCAAACUCUCAGAGCAGCUUUCCCAAUUUGAAAAAAGUCUUUCCAACCCCAGAGGGAAUGGCAACAAGAAGGUCUCAAGACAUUUUUCUAUACUGGAUUACAAAUCUGAAACUGAUCUUAUUCGAGGAACAUCUCCAUUCCCUAAACAGCAGAAGUCUCCAGAAAAGCGAAAGAUAUUACGGCCACCACCUCCUCGACCUCACAUAAGAGCUAACUCAACUACAUACUUAUCCGUCAAACCUAGUCAAUAUAGAAGUGUAAACACACAGAGUUCUCAUGUUCCGUUGUCACUGAAGCCAUCCAGGCCAGCUCCACUUCCUCCACCACACAGUCAAAGAAAUACACCAUCACCAAAUCCCCAGCCAACGAUGGACACAUCAAGUGAAAGCUUCUUAUUUUCUGAUAUUCAUGAUGGGGAAGAUGCAACUCUUGAUGACUUAAGCCAGUUUGAAAAGCAGCGCAAUUCUCCAUGUCCAUUUUUACUCUUAAAGAUAGAAGAUGUUGAAAGAGACCUGGACGUGUACAGAAAGACGCGGGAGGAAUUGACCUUAAUGCUUGAGGAGGAGCAAGAUGAAAUUACAAGAGCAGAAACUAUUGAGAACUUGGAGUUCUGUGACUCAAACAUUGAAAGUUUGGAUAUGGAGCUUCAAGGGUUAAAAGAUAUGACGCUGCUGUCCUCACAACCAGAGGCACUGGAUGAGAACAUGCCUGCAUCGUCUGUGUCCGAAAACUUAGAGCAGAGGAUGCUGGAGAAGAGGUCAAAGGUGCUAGAGGAGUUGCUACAAACUGAAAGAGAUUACCUUCGAGACUUGGAAGCAUGCGUGGAGUAUAUUAUGGUUCCACUGCACACGACACAGUUGGCCAAUGUGGAUCUUGAGGUCCUUUUUGGAAAUAUUCAUGCUGUGAUAGAACUUUCAAAGAGAUUGCUAGGUGCUCUGGAGAACUGUGACUCUGCAGGAGUGGUAUUCUUAGAACAACGUGGAGAUCUUGAGAGUGUGUACAAAGAGUAUUGUCAGAAUAACGAGGAAAGUAUCGCUCUGCUGGAAACCUAUGAUAAAGAUGAUCGCUUCCAAAAACACCUGAUGGACUGCAUUGAAACCAUGAAGAGUCUUUACCGAGAAUGGGGCUGCACAAACUACAUUAAUUUGGGUUCUUUCCUCAUCAAACCCGUGCAAAGGAUCAUGCGUUACCCUAUGCUCCUCAUAGAACUUUUAGGAGCUACCCCGGACUCCCAUCCGGACAAAUCCCCACUGAAAGAAGCUGUACGGGUCAUAAAGGACAUUAAUGUCAACAUCAAUGAGUAUAAACGGAGAAAGGAUCUGGUUUUGAAGUACCGGAAAACUGAUGAAGAUCGUUUGAUUGACAAAAUAUCCAAACUCAAUAUCCACUCGAUAAUCAAGAAAUCAAAUCGAGUGAGCAGCCACCUGAAGCACCUCACUGGAUUCGCUCCCCAGAUUAAGGAUGAAAUAUUUGAGGAAACUGAAAAAAACUUCAGAAUGCAAGAGAGGCUGAUCAAGUCAUUUAUCCGGGAUCUUUCUGUGUAUCUUCAGCAUAUACGGGAAGCUGCUUGUGUUAAAGUUCUGGCUGCCAUGAGUAUGUGGGAUUUAUAUGCAGACAAAGGAACCAGCGACCUGGAUAAAUUUCAGAAAGCCCAUCGACACAUCAGCGAGAAGCUUUUCACGGACUUUAAAGAGAGGACGGAGAAGUUGGUCAUAUCUCCUCUUAACCAGCUUCUUACAAUGUUUGCUGGCCCUCACAAGUUGGUCCAGAAGCGGUUCGACAAACUCCUGGAUUUCCACAAUUGCACAGAACGAGCAGAGAAGCUGAAAGACAAGAGGACUCUGGAGGAACUGCAGUCAGCAAGAAAUAACUACGAAGCUCUGAAUGCCCAGUUACUUGACGAGCUGCCCAAAUUUCAUAAUUACGCCAAGGAACUGUUUGCUAGUUGCGUGCGUGGGUAUGCCAACGCUCACUGUGAUUUUGUGAAACUUGCUUUGGAAGAGCUGAAACCUCUCCUUAUGCUUCUAGGAAUAGGUAGCAGAGAGGGGAAUAUCGUUUCCAUCUUCCAGGAGGAACACGGCAAGGUUCUACAACAGCUUCAGCUCUUUACCUUCUUCCCUGAAAAUCCUCCCCCUGCCAAAAAACCCUUUGAAAGGAAAACAAUAGAACGUCAGUCGGCGAGGAAGACUGUCCCAAGCCCAUCCAAGUACAUACCUCAGUUGGAUGAACAUAGAGUAGCUCUGCUUGCAAGAUACCCUCCAGAAAAACUCUACCAGGCAGAUCGCAACUUUAAUGCUGCUCAGGAUUUGGAUGUGUCAGUCUUGGAAGGUGACCUUGUUGGAGUAAUUAAACAGCAAGAUCCAAUGGGAAGCCAGAACCGAUGGCUCAUAGACAAUGGAGUCACAAAAGGUUUCGUUUACAGCUCUUUUUUGAAGCCAUAUAAUCCCCGGCGCAGUCACUCAGAUGCAUCCAUCGGCAGCCAAUCUUCCACUGAAUCUGGCUACGGUGGCUCCUCUCCAAACUUCUCCAGACAGAAUAGCAAUAGCACUUUAACAUUCAACCAGAACAACUCCUCAGUGAGCUUCACUGCAAAAUCCAAUUCAGAUUCCUCUCCCCCAGGUAGUAUCCUACCUUUGUCCAAACCCGCUCAAGCUGACUUCAAUUUGUCUACAAGGAGCUGUGAAACAGACUGUGCCCUUCCGCUACCAACAAGUGACCGGGGACCAAGCAGUUCUAGAGAAAACAUGGUUGCCACAGAGACUGUUCUACAGAUGAAGCACACAGAGGCCAGUCGCCGAGGCAGCCAGCCUGAAAAUGGGAAUAAUGCUACAUUACAAAACAAUGGAGAAAAGGGUCGUAUAUCAGAUGGUUCUAACAUUUAUCGAAAGAAAGCCAACUACCCCCUGUCUGUUGAUUUGGAGGAAGAUAGCUGUGAAGGAAACCAGGUGUAUUAUGCUGUAUAUACAUUUGAAGCCCGCUCUCCAAAUGAACUUUCAGUUUCAGCUAAUCAGAAACUUAAAAUCCUGGAAUUCAGAGACAUGAAUGGGAACUCUGAAUGGUGGUUGGCUGAAGCAGGAGGAAAAAGAGGCUACGUACCAUCAAGCUACAUCCGUAAAACAGAGUACACGUGAAUUUAAUACAGGCCCUGGACAUUUUUAUUCCUCUGUUUGGAAUGGAACACUUUUGUGCCUUUUCUGGGAUGAAUUUUCUUUAAAUUUCUGCUGAAAUUACGAACAAUAUUUAUGAUGGAUGAGUCUUUAAGCAAACAGACUUAGAACAGACAGCUUGUAUGCCCAUGCUGAAUCUGAGAGUAUUUUGAGGUUUCGUGCAGUUUUGGGUUGGGCACAUUAAGGCACAUUAUAGCACUAUGGAUGUUCUCUUAGUUUGGUCCAACUCUUUCAUUGGGUGGGUUGUUGACCACAUUGAAUUUUGUACUGGUGGACCUGUAUCCUAAUAAAAUAAUAAUGACAAGGGGAUUGAUGUACCCCAUUUGUUCUGCUUUAUUAUGAAAUAGAGAAGCAAAACAUGGAAUGUUAAUACAUUUGGUCAGUAAGAUGAGGCAUUCCUCUGAGGCUUUCCCCCCCUUUUAUUUUUAAAAAGAGUAUCAAUGUCUAAAAUUAGUGUUUCACUUUCUGGACAAAGCGUUCUCUGCUCACCCUUGGGAGAUCUAAAUAGAAGUCUUACACAUCUAAACUUUGGAAUGGCAAGUGAUAUGUGCUGUAGAAUUAUUUUUUUAUUCGGCUUGUUAAAAUUAACUUCAUAUUUUUAGUUGCCACAACAUUAAACUGAUUGGGUUUUUCGCAAAACAUUUGAUCGGCAACAUUAAAUUUGUAUUUUUUUGGGGGGGUAUUUAAUUUUGUGGUUUCCUUUAUUGUCAUUAUGCCAAUAACCAUUACUGAAGCUUAAAUCAACGAUGCUAUUCAUUCAAGUAAUAUGUUUAUUCAGGACAUUUCCUUCGACUUGUCAUUCUUAUUACUUCUAUGUGUGUGCUGCUGAUCAGAAAACCCAACAGUAUUCUUAUUUCAUAGACAUUUUUUUAUUUAAUAGUAUGCUUAUGCAGCAAACAAUAGUGUUACGAAAUCUGGGCCGAAAUGUGGUACAUAGUUUAAGGUUUUUUAAGGCCUACAUUUUGCAACAGUAUUGAUAACUCGCUGUUUGGUUAAUAAAGUCCAAAUAUUUUGAGCAGCACUGAAAUUUUUGUACCAGCCGUUUGCAAUACAUUAAUGGUUGGAUAUACCUAGGUUUGCUAGAUUUACAGUGUUUUCUGAACAUGUUUAACUUUUUCAUGGUGAUGGGCAGCACAUGAAACAUAUUACCCUUCAGUCUUAUAACAACACUAUUCAUACAUAUCAUUUAAAUAGAUCUAGAUCAUUGUCUAUUAAUGAGUCAAGGUGGGAUUUUCAAAGAACUGAUCGAUCAAUUCCCAUCUGCAACGUGUGAAUACUGCACUCUCAGGGAUAGUAAUUUCAUUUGCUGCCUGUGAGCAUGAAUAGGAUUUA